CAUGUAGAUGUAUGAAGGUUAGAUGGUGAAUGUGUAUAAUUACAGGGGCAUUAGUGUUAUUCCUCCUAAACUGUGGAGACUCAAUAUUGAUCCUCCUGAUGGUAGUACUGCUUCAUUUGAUGUUGAUGAGAGAUGGUGGGACCAGGUGGAACUGACUAGACUGGAUCUAUCAUCUAACGAAAUCAAAGAAAUAUCUGAAGAUAUUGAAAACUUUAAUUCAUUGUCAGCGCUUGAGGUCCAGUACAAUGAGUUAACAUGUCUACCUAAUAAUGUGAUCAAACUGGAUAAACUAUCUAAAAUAUUUGCAAGUCUCUCCUAUAUGUUAGGAAGGUUUGAGUCUCUUCAUUAUCUUCUCUUUGAUGUUCUCCUCUUAAUUAAAUGAAUGAGAGCUGACAUCCUCCGGAAAGGAACAGUAUUGGUCCUCUAGUAUCUCUUGUAUUGAAGAACCAGGAGACCACAUGUGAUGGCCAACCUCUCCCUCGUCCCUCAAGAUCCCCUCGUCACCAUACAA